AUGUCUGAAGCAAAAGUAUACACCAAUGUCAAAAACGUGCGCCAUGUUACAGCUGUGCAAAACAAAAAGACCGUUUACAAGAACGUAGUAGCGUCGCCAUUCAUCUUGAAAUGGCCCAAUGUUCAUACUGAUUUGGGUCAGACCAUCUUGACACAGCUUGUAAAGACUUUAACGCCACUAGGCAGCUAUAGGAAAGAAUGCAAAUCCAUAAAGAAAAAGGACAAAAAAUCAGCAUCCACAGCGAUACCCAAGCCAGACUUACAUGAUCGUGUCCAUGUCGGCAUAAAUCAAGUUACUCGAUUCAUGGAAGCCUACAUUGAAAAGAAGCAAACAAGCACACAACCUGUGGAUAAGACACCUGUCAUUUAUAUCUGUAAACGAGAGAUCAAGCCAUUGCAGUUAUGCCAGCAUUUAUUAUACAUGGCUGCAUUAGCCCAAAUCAAGAUUGUACCCAUGCCAGCAGAGGCCGAGUCCAAGAUGAGCCAAGCAUUAGGCAUCAAGAGGGCAUGUGUUGUACUUGCAGAGAUCAUGGAGAAUAAAGAGGAAUCGUUACGUUUGAGUGCUCAAGAAAUACCUUGCAUCGAUGCACCGUGGUUGACAAAUGCUUUACAACAACAGCCUGUGGUCGUUUACAGAUCAGAUGCGACAAUCAAGACAUUGAAGACCACAGGACCUCCUCCCAAGCAGAAGAACCAACAGAAACAGCAACAGCUGAAGCGUAAAAAUCAGGAGGAGCAGGAAGCUACAAGCAAAAAGAUCAAAGUUUGA